AUGCAGUCGGAUAAUGAUGUCAAGCUGGACACGUUGAGUGAACCUAGUGCGCCUUUAAUCACGGAGAAUGUUGCUCUUCCCAAAGACAUCUUCAAGUCCUAUUUUUCUUAUCUAUUAUACGAAUUUGUUCACAACGGUAAACUGUUGAUGAUUAGUUUCAUGAUACCUAUGGUUCCCAUUUUAUUGGCUUUGACCUUUCACUACGUUGCCGUUUAUAUUGUAGCUUCGGUGGUGUGUUUCUUUGGUUUCAUCAAUAUUAUUUGUGUACUAGCAUCCCUCUUCGAUGCGCCAAUCUCUGAUAAAGAGUUCAAAAUAAAGCUUUUACUGGAGGUAAUAGCGCGCAAACCAGCAUUAAAGGGCGAAGAAUGGAGGACUAUUACAUAUAACACGAAUCGAUACUUGUUUGAAAAUGAUCUAUGGAACACUCCAUACCAUUUCUAUAGCGAUAAGGAGUGCCACCGUUUUUUCAAAGACCUUGUUGAAACAGGAAGACGAGUUGUUGCGUCGGCGGGUCCUUCAACCAACGAUAAUAACAAUACACUGUCGGAUCCUUCAACCAACGGUACUGACAAUACAGAGGAUACACCACCAGCCGAGGCUUCGAGCAACACAGCCAAAUCGUAUACUUAUAGUUCUGACCCGAUUCUGGAAGCGUAUUUUAUUAAAGCAGUGGAAGUUGAGCAGCAGGCCCAACGAGACUAUUGGAGAAAGCAAUAUCCGGACGUCGAUAUGCCUUAG